AUGAACUGCAAAGCCUUGCAAACAGUUCCCUUCCUGAAGUCGGCGCGUUUUCGUGAACACGAGACGCUAGGGUUUCUCACCGAAACACCGUGCUCUGAUGGGCCUUCCUGCGGUACCCACUUACCAAUUACUUCAAGCUCGGCCCCAUAUCACCUCAACCUCCUCCACCCUCUCAGUCAGCUUCCCCUACUAUCGACCGGUGUUUCAGCCACCGUUUCUUCUUGUGGUGUUGACAGCAAAGAAACCGAACCCGAAAUUGAAACGCCUCAGGUUCUUGAUGGAAUCGCCGCUGUUGUGGGCCAACACGUCCUCUUUGGCAGUGAUAACACCAAGAGAAGUGUAAAAAGCAGCAACAGGCCAGAAAACUCGGGUUUUAUUUCCAUUUCACAGUGUUUUGGUACCGAAACGUUGAAGACGGUGGACGAUAAGAAGGGCACGGGAAGCGUUUCGGUGCAGAAAAACUACAGAGGGGUGAGGAAGAGGCCAUGGGGAAGGUGGUCCGCGGAGAUACGCGACCGUGUCGGGAGGUGCAGGCACUGGCUCGGCACGUACGACACUGCGGAGGAAGCAGCCCGUGCCUACGACGCAGCGGCGAGGCGGCUGAGAGGCUCAAAAGCCCGUACUAACUUUGAAAUUCCUUCGGUACUACCCGUACUUGCCUCGCCCUCAACAUCUUCGUCUUCAUCUUCGGAUGCUAAGAAGGCGAGUGCCAAAGCCAAGGCAGCGCGCAAUGCCAAGAAGUGUACAGUGGUCACUUCUGUGGCUCAGUUGUUCAGUUCGAAUUCUACUGCAAGUGUCACGGCUAGGGAAGCGAACGCUUAUGGGAAUGGUAAUGUUGAGCUUGAGCUGAAGCUGGGUGUGAAUUUCCUGAGUAGAAGUGCUACUCCAUCUGUAGUUAUUUAG